CAGGACUCAAGAUGGGGGCCGAGGGGGCCGGGCUACGGCGGCGCAGGAGGGUCAGCGACAGUUGGCGGGAGCGCGGGAAGCGCAAGUCCGCCUCGAAACUGACUGGAGGGAAGCCGCCGCCGCCGCCGCCGCCGCCGAGAUGCACGUCGUCAAGAGAGAUGGCCGUCACGAGCGGGUCAUGUUUGACAAGAUCACGUCCCGCAUCCAGAAACUCUGCUACGGUCUCAACCUGGACUUUGUGGACCCCGCUCAAAUCACAAUGAAAGUGAUCCAGGGACUUUACAGCGGCGUCACCACCGUGGAGUUGGACACCCUGGCUGCAGAGACGGCAGCAACGCUGACGACCAAGUACCCGGACUACGCCAUCUUGGCAGCACGAAUCGCUGUCUCCAACUUGCACAAAGAAACUAAGAAGGCGUUCAGUGAUGUGAUGGAAGAUCUGUUCAGCUACGUGAACCCCAAUAACGGCAAACAUUCCCCAAUGAUCUCCAAAGAAACGUUAGACAUUGUGUUGGCCAACAAAGAUCGGCUGAAUUCAGCUAUCAUUUAUGACCGGGAUUUCUCCUACAAUUACUUUGGCUUUAAGACUCUGGAGCGCUCGUACCUACUGAAGAUAAACUCCAAAGUGGCCGAGCGCCCCCAGCACAUGCUGAUGAGGGUGUCCGUGGGAAUCCACAAGACUGACAUCGACGCUGCCAUCGAAACCUACAACCUGCUGUCUGAGAAGUGGUUCACUCACGCCUCCCCCACUCUCUUCAAUGCUGGCACCAACCGUCCCCAGCUGUCCAGCUGUUUUCUGCUGUGCAUGAAGGACGACAGCAUCGAAGGCAUCUACGAUACGCUGAAGCAUUGUGCGCUCAUCUCCAAGUCUGCUGGAGGAAUUGGGGUCGCCGUGAGCUGCAUUCGCGCCACAGGCAGCUACAUCGCUGGGACAAACGGGAACUCCAACGGUCUCGUGCCAAUGCUGAGGGUGUACAACAACACGGCUCGCUACGUGGACCAGGGAGGCAACAAGAGACCGGGGGCCUUUGCCAUCUACCUGGAGCCGUGGCAUUUCGACAUCUUUGAGUUUCUCGACCUGAAGAAGAACACCGGGAAGGAGGAGCAGCGGGCCCGGGAUCUCUUCUAUGCCCUCUGGAUCCCGGAUCUUUUCAUGAAGCGUGUGGAGACCAACCAGGACUGGUCUCUGAUGUGUCCAAAUGAAUGCCCGGGCCUAGAUGAAGUAUGGGGAGAGGAGUUCGAGAAACUCUACGAGAGCUAUGAGAAGCAGGGGCGUGUGCGCAAGGUGGUGAAGGCCCAGCAGGUGUGGUACGCCAUCAUUGAGUCUCAGACGGAGACGGGAACUCCUUACAUGCUCUACAAGGACUCCUGCAACCGGAAGAGCAACCAGCAGAACCUGGGCACCAUCAAGUGCAGCAACCUCUGCACGGAAAUUGUGGAGUACACCAGCCAGGACGAGGUCGCGGUGUGUAAUUUGGCAUCUAUAAGCGCCUGAAUAUGUAUCGCCACCUCGGCACACGCAUUUAAUUUCAGGAAGCUGGCGGAGGUCACCAGGGUCAUUGUCCGAAACCUGAACAAGAUUAUUGACAUCAAUUUCUACCCUGUGCCAGAGGCUGAGCUGUCCAACAGGCGCCAUCGGCCCAUCGGCAUCGGGGUGCAGGGCCUGGCAGACGCCUUCAUCCUCAUGAGGUUCCCUUUCGAGAGCCCGGAGGCCCAGCUGCUCAACCAGCAGAUCUUUGAGACCAUCUACUACAGUGCCUUGGAAGCCAGCUGUGAGCUGGCCAAAGAACAUGGCCCUUAUGAGACAUACGAGGGUUCCCCCGUCAGCAAAGGCGUCCUUCAGUAUGACAUGUGGAAUGUCACCCCAACUGACCUAUGGGACUGGAAAGCUCUAAAAGAAAAGAUUGCCAAGCACGGCGUCAGAAACAGCCUCCUCCUGGCCCCAAUGCCGACGGCUUCCACAGCUCAGAUCUUGGGCAACAACGAGUCCAUUGAGCCCUACACCAGCAACAUCUACACACGCCGAGUUCUCUCCGGAGAGUUCCAGAUCGUUAACCCCCACUUGCUGAAAGACCUGACCGAGAGAGGCUUGUGGAGUGAGGAGAUGAAGAACCAAAUCAUCGCCCACAGCGGCUCCAUCCAGAGCAUCCCUGAGAUUCCGGAGGAGCUGAAGCUGCUCUACAAGACCGUCUGGGAGAUCUCCCAGAGGACGGUGCUCAAGAUGGCCGCCGACCGAGGCGCUUUCAUCGACCAGAGCCAGUCCCUGAACAUCCACAUCGCUGAACCCAACUACGGGAAGCUGACCAGCAUGCACUUCUACGGAUGGAAGCAGGGUCUGAAGACGGGCAUGUAUUACCUGAGGACGAAGCCGGCCGCCAACCCCAUCCAGUUCACCCUGAACAAGGAGAAACUGAAGGACAAGAACUCCCGGGAAGAGGAGGAGAAGGAGCGGAACAAGGCGGCCAUGGUGUGCUCUCUGGAGAACAGAGACGAGUGCCUCAUGUGUGGCUCGUAAGGAGCUGCCAGGCGCUGCCGAAGCCCCCGCCCCAUGGUUAUGUAGGUCUAGUGUACUUAGGGGGUGUCGAGAAGCUGCCGCUCUUUGCCUUGCGGCAAGUCAAGAAUUUGCAGAGAAGCAGGGGGCUUGUAUUACCCUGGGUCGGCAAAAAUGUCCGGUUUGGGAGGGGGGCUCUGUAGGAAAGCUGUACCCACCCCUGUCCUAGCCAAUAUUUUCAGGAACCCUUUAAUGUCUUUAUUAAGCAUCACAGAAAGACUUCUGUAAGCAUUCCUGUGAAGGAGAGUUCAUGCCUCUUACACUUUGGGGGUCGGACUCCUUUGACAGUCUGGUACCUGCCAUUUAGUUCCUGUGCCAUCGUCCGAGUGGUGGAUUCUGGGAUAACUUUGGGCGCCUGUGGCUCUCUGUCUGUCCCCCGGGCGCCCUUGAAGUCAGGAUGAGCGGAGAUGGGCUGGGUGUCCCACAGGGCCCGGGAGGGAAACUUCGUCUUCGUCUGUCCAUAGACAGUCCCUGCCUUAACACCGACUGUGCCAUUCAUCUCUGUUGUAUUUAGGAAUCAUAACCCUUUUUCGUUCUCUAGCUGGAGAAUCUGCAGAAACUGGAAGACUGUAGGUUCAGCCUCCAAAGUGUGUUUGGUUUAGCAGUGUUAUUAUUAUGAUUUUUUUUGCAGUAGAGAUUCUUUGAAACACCCCUGCCCUUUUUUUUCCAAGAGCCGCGUGCAUUAGGCCGGGCAGUUUGUAUAAGCAAGAGGCGUUCUAUUUUGCUCCUUGGCCAGAGUAGUUGGAAUGGGGUGGCCCAGACUCUCCGCUAUUUAUUGAGUUCAGAUCUCCCACCUGACUACUUGAAUCCUCUUUAAACCAAUUCAGAAGCAUCAAUAAAGCCUAGAAAGUAAA